AUGCCCAUCCGGAACCCCUUCACCCGCCGCCCUCAGGCCGACGAGGGUUUGCGCCCGCCCUUGACCAUCGACCCUCCGCUCAAGACGCCCCCGGGGUUUGAGCGCGUCGAUACCGUCGGGUCCAAGGCCUCCUCGGCCGCAUUGAGCAUCAGCAGCCGCCGCUCCAAUGAUACCGGCGAGUACAAGAUGUCAGUGGUCAAUGACAGCGGCGUGUACCUGCCUCCCUCGCCCACCGAGGACAAGCCUUCAUGGCCCCGCCGCUACCUGUCUCGCAACUCGACAGACACCAGGAGCGAGGUUGGCGAGAUAGAGCCUUUUGGCAUCUCGCGCGAGUCCUUCGACUCGUACCGCCGGUCUUUUGAUGUUUCCGCCCGCUCGCCCGUUCCCGUCAACGACCCUUUCCCAACCCGACGGUCCAUGGACUCGGCGCGCUACCCGCGCACGCGCAUGCCUCGGCAGCGGCUCUUUGAGCGCGAACCACCCACGUCCGAGGAGGGCGAGGGCUUCGAAGAGGUCGGACUCAACGACGACUACAAGGUCCAGCCGCAACAGGCGCCGGCCCAGCCACCAAAGAAGCGUGGGUUCUUUGCCAAGUUCUCGGAGCACAGCAACAACCAGGAAAAUCCCCACUCGCCGGUGGCCUCCCCCUCCCCGACGACCUCCAGGUUCUCCAUCCUGCCCGGCCGGAAGCGAGGCCAGAGCGGCCAGGGCGCCGAGCUGGGCCAGGUUGAGAGGCCGAGGUCUCCGGCCCGAGAUCGCGAGAUGACAGACGUUCAACCGGUAGAAGCCUAG